UCAAAGUUGACCACUACGCAGUUUCUUCCUUAUUUCAAACACUUCACUUCACAGUGUAGCUCGUCUUUCUUUACCCUUUAUAGCAACUUUAAUGUAGUCUGUCUCAGGGUCACCAGCACUCAUUACUUCUGAGUAAUAACUUUACGUAAUAUAGAAGAUGGCUUUACUGUUCUGCGAUGCCUUUUGGGGUACUGACUUCACUGACCAGUCAGGAUAUGAGGCAAUAUUGCAGAGGUUACAGGAUGGCAGGCACAUGUGCAAAGAUGUAGAAGAACUGUUGAAAAUGAGAGCACUAGCAGAGGAGAAGUACGGCCGAGAUCUGGUGGCAAUUGCUCGGAAGGCAGAAGGUCAAACCGAGAUUGGAACAUUAAAGGCAUCGUUUGACAAGUUAAAAGCAGAAAUUGAGAAGACUGGAAACCUGCACAUCCAUCUCUCUGAAAGCAUAAAGGAGGAAGUUCAGAAAAUAGAGGCAUUUCGAGAGCACCAGAGGGAACAGAGAAAAAAGCUUGAAGAGAUAAUUGAAAAACUCCAGAAGCCUAAAACGCUGUUGCACAAGAAGACCAUCGAUUCAAAAAGGUUAUAUGAACAGAGGUGUAAGGAGGCUGAAGAAGCUGAGCAAUCAGUGGGGAAGAAGACAAAUGUGAACACAUCCACCCACCGGCAGUCAGAAAAGGUGAUGAACAGGGCCCGAUUAUGCAGGCAAGCAGCUAGCCUGGCAGAAAAGCAGUACAAAUUGAAUGUUGAUCAAUUAGUGAAGACUUGCCAGGACUGGGACAGGACAUACAGGAGUGCAUGUGAGGUGUUUCAGCAGCAGGAGUCUGAGCGCAUUAAUAUCUUACGCUGUGCAUUAUGGGAUCAUUGCAAUCUGAUAUCCAUGCAGUGUGUCCAGGAUGAUGACUGCUAUGAAGAAGUAAGAAAGCUUUUAGAGCAGUGUGACAUCAUCGCUGACAACAACUGCUUCAUUAAAAUGAAAAAGACAGCCAGUUGUCCUCCAGCUCCCAUUGAGUUUCAGAGUUACUCUGACCUGGACGCUAAUGGAGGAGUCAGGGGGGUUGAAACGAAAAGAUUAUCUGCCGUUCUUCCAGGGACUUCUUUCAGUGGGUAUCCAGACGCAGGCAGUAAUUCGGCCGGAACAUACACAUCAGCUCAACAAACAGGAGGAGUAACUGAGAAGUACAUGGUGUUAUAUGAUUUUAAAGCUCAGGAAGAUGAUGAACUGUCUGUCAGUAAAGGACAAGUUGUCACAGUCACCGAGCAAGGCGAGGAUGGGUGGUGGAAAGCAUGGAGGGAUGGAAUAUCCGGGCUGGUCCCUGGAACGUACUUGACCAAAAUCUCUCCACAGAGCUACAGUACACGUCUUACUGCUGCUCAUCCUGAACAUAAUCCCAUCAAAUAGAAUUCAGUAGUCAUCAACACUAAGUCUGUGAAUUAGUUCUGCAUGCAAAUGGAUGUAGAGUGAUGGAUGUAUCAGUGUACUAGCAGUACAUCAUAUUGAAAGAUAUUAGCUUUCUCGACAAGCAUCUUUAGAAUUAUUCUUAAACAAUCUAUAAGUGAAUAUAAAAUAUUCUGCAGUUGUUUGUCUAAUAAAGUUUAGUCCAUUUUUUACCAUAGUGUAUAGUUAGGAUUUAUGAAAAAUAUGAUAUUAUACUUGUAUUAGAACUAUGAAUGAUAAAGUUUUCUUUAUUAAAUGUAUACUGUUAUGUACAUAUUUAUUAUUAAUUUUGUAAUAUUGCUAUAAUUUAUCAUAGUUUAUUUGUCUGGUAGAUGUUGUAAUCUGCAUGCAAAAAAGGACGUCAAACCCAUAUGCCUCAGCAAUGCAUUCAGAAAUGUAAAUGCAUUAAAAGCUACAUUUAACUAAACAGAGGCAUAACUUUAAUAAAAUCAUGAGUAACCCUGAGUAUAAAUUCUGAUUAUGUUUUGAUUAAAAAGCACACCAAAUAAAUGCACAUAAAUAUGCAAACAUCUGUUCUCUCUAAGAAAAAAAAAAUACAAAGCUGUCACUGGGGUGGAAUAAAUAUAUAAUCAAACACAAGGUUAAGUUGUUAUAAAAUAAAAUUGAUUGAUAUUUAGUUGAUUUAACAAUAACAUUAAUUGAAUUAAAGAAUCCUUAAACCAAGUAAAUGCACAGAGAUAUGCAAAGAUCUGAUCUCUCUCUCAUGUUAUGUUACUCCAUAAAUGUAAUAAAUUAAUGCAAAAAUGAACUGAGCAUCCAUCCAACAUGAUUCUCUGCUUGUGGCCUUGAUUAGAAUAAGUGGUUUGGAGAUGGAUGGAUGGAUGAAUACUAUGUCAAAAUGAUGUGAAAAUAAAUAAAAACAUUCAAUUUGAUCUUGUAUUUAAUUAUGUAUUAUGAAUUUUUAUUUGUGCAAGUUUAGUGCUGAGUAGAUAUUCAUGUAAAAAUUGUAUGAUGAAAAACGAGUGCAAUAGCCAUGCCUGACAUGUAAUUAUCCUAAUUGUUUAACCCAUCAAAUUCUAUACUUUCCAUCUGACCAAAGCUCUGAAUGUAGUGUCUUUAUAUUGAGUGCUUGAACAUAAGAAGACAAAGUACAUUGUUCCUUAAACUUGGCAUAUCAAAAUAAAGGGCAUGUAAAUCA